GAAUGAAUCUGAAGUCUGCUGCAGUAAAACACUGAAGGCUUUAAAAUGUAUUCUUGCAUAAAACUCAAACUUUAAGUAGCUGCUUAUGAGGAUAGGGAAGGCAGGAAGCUAAUGUCUGUGUCAAGAUACAGGACAGCUGUCUGCUCAUCAACCUUCACUGUCCCAAGCAACAGCAGGAAAGACAAGCUGACCUAGGGAAGUGGGGACUGCUAUACAGAGAACUGCAGAGCCUCCUCAGUACAGUAGGAACCCUAACCCAAAGCCCUUAUUUUAUCAGAGUGUACAACCGAGGAGCAUGGCUCAAGAGACCAAUCACAGCCAAGUGCCUAUGCUUUGUUCCACUGGCUGCGGAUUUUAUGGGAACCCUCGCACAAACGGCAUGUGCUCAGUGUGCUACAAAGAACAUCUUCAAAGACAGAAUAGUAGUAAUGGUAGAAUAAGCCCACCUGCGACUUCUGUCAGUAGUCUGUCUGAAUCUUUACCAGUUCAGUGCACGGAUGGCAGCGUCCCAGAAGCGCAGUCAGCAUUGGACUCCACGUCUUCAUCUGUGCAGCCAAGCCCUGUAUCAAAUCAGUCACUUUUAUCAGAGUCUGUUGCAUCUUCCCAAGUGGAAAGCUCAUCUGUGGACAAAGCAGUACCAGAAACAGAAGAUCUGCAAGGACCCAGAGCAGAGGGCCUUGUUCCUCUUGAAUGUGAUCCUCCAUCUUCGGUAGCAGAUACAGCACAGCAGCCAUCUGAAGAGCAAAGCAAGUCUCUUGAGAAACCAAAACAGAAAAAGAAUCGCUGUUUCAUGUGCAGGAAGAAAGUGGGCCUUACUGGGUUUGAAUGCCGGUGUGGAAAUGUUUACUGUGGUGUGCAUCGCUACUCAGAUGUACACAACUGCUCUUACAAUUACAAGGCUGAUGCUGCUGAGAAAAUCAGAAAAGAAAAUCCAGUAGUUGUUGGUGAAAAGAUCCAGAAGAUUUGAGCUCCUGCUGGAAUACAAAACCCUUUGACCAUCUGCAAACUAAAAACUGACUUGAGGUUUUUUUCUAGUCGUGGGGAAUGUAGAGCAGCGUUAUCUUGCAUAGACCUUUAAUCAUGCAUGUCAUCAGAAGAAUAGAUUUUUGUUUUUGUUUUGAAAAUGACUCUGAACAUUUAUUUCCAUUGCAGUUUCUGUGGCUGAAAAGACUUAAACUUUGCAAGUAUUAUUCUUUCAAGAUUAAUUUUAGUUGCGUGCAGAGGGCUCUCGUAGCGGGCCUGGAGAGUGAGUUUGGAGGGCUGUGUUGGGUUCCAGUAUUACACGCGCAUGCGCUGUCCUGCAGCUUGGUCCUCGUGGUUUAUGUAGAUAGAGCUUUUCUCUUUCACACCAAUCCUCUGUUCACCAGGCCCCUCGGGCACAGCUAGUUCAUUGGUAACUGAAUGUAUCUUAAUCAUUAUGGCUGCUUCUGGUUUGUUUCCCCAUUAACAAAGGUUAUACAUACGUUAGCAUAGUUUCUUUGCACCACUAUUUAUGUCAGGAUCAUUUGUCACACGAGAGUAUGUGCUGGUGAGAUUUUAAGUUUGUGUGUUUUUUCAUUUUUCUUUUUUCUUUUUUUUUGUUUUUGAGCGAGGGAAGAAAAAGCUGAAUGCAUUUUACUGCUGACUGCAAGUUUCUUUCAGAUUACGUUCAUUGGUCUGUGUAUACAAUAUGAAGAAUGAUCUGAAGUAAUUGUGCUGUAUUUAUGUUUAUCCACCAGUCUUUGAUUAAAUAAAAUGGAAAAUCUGAA